UAUCGAUACACUACCGCCACCACGUGGUUACAAACGCAACUGCCCACGCGUGAAUGGCACAUACUUGGAAGGCAUGCAAGUUGGUGGAAGUAAAUAGAGGAGCAGAGGGAGCCUGUGCGUCUUUCUUUCCCCUUCACGUCGUUGCUUGUGUAGUUUUUUUUUUUUUUUUGUCUUUACACCAGCUGCUCUCACAACAUCAGAGUUCAUUUCCAAGACUGUGCGCGUGUCUCUGUCUGUGCGUGUGCACAUCCACACAAUUCCUGUGUGCUCAGCAGCAGCAGCAGUCAGUCUAAUAGAGUGACCCCCCAGCACGCUGGUUAAAGGGAAGACAAGAGAGCUGAGUCAACGAAUCACAAGCAGAAGGAUGCAACAGUUGAUGUGCGCAAGUUGCGCUGCAGUUUUGCCCUUUGGAGACGGAACAGUGCGAGCGAGGAGGAGGAUGGUGGCGACUUUGAUCUGUGCGCAGGACGGAUCGGAUGUUUUGUCGUGUUAAAACCAACUUCAUCAGUGACAUUAACGGGAAAUCAACUCAAGAUCCCCCAUUCCCAGUCGGAGAUUCACUGCCACACUCGCGCGUCUUCCUCGCCAAAACAAUGGACACCGGGAGAGAAAUGCAUUCGCAGGGACUUGGCGCUCCGCUGCUGGAAUGGAGUUAAGGUGCGGGUUAUUGUGUGUGGUCUGCAGCGGCGAGUAGCAGCGCAGUCUGUCUGCACCAACAUGCAUCGGAUUCUGCAGAGGAGGAGAGUGCGCAAGCUGCGCGUCGUGUGGGCUUCGCUGGCGCUGCUGGCGCUGUCUCUGGCCGCGUGCAGCGCGCUGUUCACGGCGUGGACUUGGCGACAGACGCGGGACUUGUCCCAGUCCUUUAAGAUCCUGCAGGACCGAUUGGAUCAGGUGAACACACAGAGGAAGGCCAUUGUUCAACUCAUUCUGGAGAAGAGAGAGCUGCUGGUGGGGCACAGAGUGAAGAGAGAUGGGGGGACAUUUCGAGGGAGGAAUGGGAAUGGAAAGAAAGCAGCGUCUCAUUUUGAGAUAACCAAAGUCUCCUCUCAGCAAGUGGGAGAUGGUGGUGUGAUAAAGGGCUGGGAGGAGAGGACGUUGAAUAUGAGUAAAGCGGUGAGGUAUAACAAGGAUCUCGGUACCUUCACGGUGGAGAAAGCGGGCGUCUACUUCCUGUUUUGCCAGGUGUUGUUCAAUGAGCAGCAGACUCCGUAUGUGAAGCUGGAUGUGGUGACCACUGGUCACAGGCCUCAGAAGCUGCAGUGCAUAGAGGGCUACGCAACGACCCCGUCUGCAGGGCCGCACUCCUUCCACUUCGUGAAGUCCUGCCAGGUGUCCGGCCUUCUGAGACUGGAUAAAGGCACGGAGCUGCAGGCCAUCACAGGCUCAUCCUUCAGACUCCACACUGUAGGCAGUCCCUCCGCCUCACCUCACGUCUUCAGCAUCUUCAAAGUCAACUGAAACCCGUCCGUCGAGUACAACAGAACGUUGCUUUUGUGCGGAUGAGAUUCUUUUUCCCUCCUCCUGUGGUAUAACAGUCAUAAGCAGCCGAGGGCGUCACGUCCCGCUACAGCUGCUUCUCACAGACGUUCAUUUGAAAGACGAGUCUUGACAUUUUGUGGAAGUUGUUGUGGAAAUUUUCUCUGGACGGUGGUGCCGCUUUUGGAACGCAUAACACAGACUUUGGAUUAAAACCAAGACCCAGAGUGGACAUAAAGGCCUCCAUGAAUGUCUGCCAGGAGAACACACGUGAUGGGAGCUGUUCUGAACAUAAAGGGCUUCACCAAAAAAAAAAAGAAAAAGAAAAAAAGAAACACAAGGAUGUUCAUCUUAGCCUUCGUAUCAUGUAACAAAUUGUGCUUACACUGUCUUUAUAAGACUGACAGUAAAGCUGUGCAUGCACCUUUCACUUUUAUAUCACCGGUUGCCUCAAGAAGCUGAGAGCACGUCUGCAAGCGUCAGAUCUCGACACUAUUAAAGCCUACAUUACACAACACAGUGUCUUUGAGUGGGUGUAUGUGAAAUAUAAUGAAUCAAACUGUUCAUGUUUAUACUGAUUUUAUGCCCAUUACAUUUCAAUGUGCUGUUUGAGUGCAAAAACUUCUUUUUCUUUUUUUUUUUUUUUUUAGAUACCUAUUAUUAUAUACGUCACACACAUUUUACUGUGUGCAUUUCAAGUAUGAUGUUGGCAAAGAAAGUGGAACUUCAUAAAAAAGGAUGUGAAUAUGUGCUCUUUUCUACGGUCAAAUCUGAUUGUAUUUUUUUAUACAUUUGUAUACUUGGCUUUACUUUUGAAAAGUAUGUGCGAGUAAUUGGCGUCUAAAGCCCUAAAUAUAGCCUUGUCUUUCUCUUUCUGACUUUAUCUAUUUAAUGUUGCAACCACCACCACCGCUUGCAUGCCCAUGGGAAAAUCAUACCAUUACGUUAUGAUUUUGUCAUAUUAUCUUUGGAAAGCCUGAAUAUAUUCAUGGCUACAAGUGAAAAUUGAUAUUGAACAUUACAGACUUUGUAUUAAAGAAAAAACAAGAGUGUGGGGAUUUUCAUGAUUAAAAUAGCUCUUUAACGUCCAAGUGUCGGGGAAAAAACAGGAGAUUAGUACAUUUACGAAAUCAAUCAAUUGGAUUGUCAUAAAAUUGGGUAUAUUCAUGGUCCAAAUUGCUCAAUACUUUGAUUUAUAAGCAUAUAUUUACAAGACUAAUGACAUAAGUUACAGCUGUAGGGCGCUUUUCCACUAUAGGCUACAGUUCUAGCACAGCUCGGCUGUUUUGCCAUUAGCAAUAGUACCUGGUACUUUUUUUAGUACCUUUAGUAUACUAAAAUGUCACGUCAGCAGACUGAUUGGUCAGAGAGUGUCGAGCACGACGUCUGACACAGGAAUCAAACCAAACAAGUUAAAUUCAGUUAAAAAGACUUAAAAAUCCCAAAAACAUGCGUUAAUCUCCAACAUUUAGCGAGGACAUUUCUAAAGUCUCAAUAUUUAACACAGGAGUCCAUCUAUUUAGCCACAGCCCCAAUAAGAACUGCUUUGCUAGUCACUAGUUUGUGUGUAUUGUGUAUAAAAGGACAUUUUGGGGCUAAUUAGCAAAGAUUCUAAAAAUGCUAACAUGCCAAACAUCACCAUUUUAGCAUUAUAACUAUAGCUAAUGUUAGCAAUUAGCAUCACUGUGACUAAGUGUGUGUACUUGACCAUUCUAGCGAUAAGCGUUGUUUUGUUAUCCAGUGUCACACAGCAAAGAGACAAUUUCAUAAACAUUUAUGCCUUUGUUAUUGGAAAUAUGUAGCAAGUGCUUACAUAAUUCAAAUCUCUGCUGCUAUGUCGCAACGUUAGCUGCACUUCUGGUGCUAAUAGGAAACGUUAGCACGCAUUAAACAUUGUAAACACUGUGACUGACAUCGUGGCAGCAUGCUAACUUAGCACAGCAUUAGCGAAAGCAGCUAGCACGGCUAUUUUGGCCAUAUGGCAACCCACUAAGACAAACUACAUUAGAGCUGAGUUUAACCGUCAUUUUGGUAAGUUUGGCGUAUUGCAACUUCCCUAUAUACGUCAAAAUCUAUUCACGAAAAAGUAAUCAAACAGUGAAUGUAUGCAACAGUCACAAUGUGUUUAAGUGAAUUCAUUAUCUUACUCUCACAUUUUAUUAAUUUAUACUUCAAUUUUCAAAGUUACAUUUGUCCUGUCUUUAUUUUUUCUGUUAAAUUCUGCUUUUGUGAUUUGAUGUUUUGUUCGUGUGAUACAUCAGUGACUGCAUGUUUCUGUUGUCAGUACAGAGUAUGUUGACAGUUCUCUGGGGGGGGAAAAAAGACGGUUUGUGGCAGCCCGGUUUGCGUUGCAGAGUAUGGCAAGACCACCGGGACAAACAACAUUACAGUCGGGUUUGCCACCGCUCUUGCAACAAUCUAUCUGUAUGAUACUCGUUUUAAUUCAAAGUGGCUUUAUUGGCAUGAGAAACACAUUCUGCCAAGGCAGUUGUGCAAAGAGGGCAAAACAAAAACACUAAUGUGGUUUGUCAAAGUGGUGGACCAUACUUAGCUGUCCAGAGAUGACGGUUCAGCGCAAACUGGGCCGAGCCACAAAUUGGAUAGUGACAGGCCCGACUGUGCCUUAACGUCAGAAAUGAAGGGGUUCGUGACAUGACCAAAGCACAACUGUAGGCAGCGAUGGGAAACAGUGUGACACGAAAACCUAAGACUUCAGUCGAAAAUACAUUCAAAUCAAGACCCCGUGUCACAUCGUUUGGUCCACAUUUUGCUCCUUAGUCACAUGAAACAAGACAAAACUGAGCUGUCUGUAUUUUUUAAACCCUGUUUUCUUUCUUAUACUGCUGCUGCUGCUCUUUGUAACAUUUCCUGAGACAAUACAAACAGUGUGUAUUUCUAGAAGUGGGUUUCAGCACUCCUACUCUUGUUUAUAAGUAGUUUUUUGUGGACGGGGCCACAUUGGUUUCUCCUCAGCACUUUACUGCAGAGAACAUAGUCUUUUUUAAUUAGUGCCAACCAGUUGUGUUUUUAAACAGAGUAAAGUGUAGAGACGGAUGGACACACAUCCUGUUUGAUUUCCUCAUCGUUUUCCUCUUCCCUUUUAUGUCUCCCCCCCAAAUCCCCCCCCACCACCACCCCGACGUCCACAUGCACCUCAUAUUUUCCUGUCAGCAGUGAACACGCGCAUGCAUGCAGGCACACACACCCCAGCAGACAUCUAAAUUUUCACUUCCUGAAUCUGAACCUGAACCACAUUGCUCAAAGGCUUGGAGGAAAAACAUGCCUGGUCCCUCCUCCUCCAUCACCCCCACACACUUCCCUGUGCUGAUUCCUUUUUUUUCUUUAAAUGUCAAAGUUUAUUACCACCUCGGAAAAUCUUGUGAAGUCGCGUGAAGAGGUUUUCUGUAAAUGAUGAUGAUGUAUGCCAUGCCUGCUCUGGACAUUUAUUUUUUAUUAUUUCUUUCUCAACUCACUCAUCAUAAAUGUUGAAUAAACCUUUUUGUUGUUUUUGGAAAA